ACCUGUGAAUCCUUCAUUAUAACAGGUUGUCCUAACUGCAGAGAUGGAGAGAUGAUAAAAGACAUCACAUUACAGCUGUUCUCUGGGUGGGAGCUGUUCGUCGACACCACAGCGCCGCUCCGGGAUCCUGUGGCGCACAGAGACAGCGCAGCUCCGCCGCCAGCCAGCAGCCGAGGCGGGCUGGGAAUGUUGUGAUGUGAUCCGAUGCGGGCAGCUCGGGGCGGACUGGCUCUUAAAAGCGGCUGAGGACGUCGGCCCUGCUCACCACUCAGUGUUUUCGCUGUAUUUGGAGCGGAGACCCUAAAAGCCUGGAGACUGACAGAACCGAAACCAAACGGUGACCUUCGAGUGACAACACCUGUAAACAAGCAGUGUAUUCCCACUCAGCCAUGAUGUCAGUACAAACACCUCCUCUCUCCCGCUCUGGCUCCUCCCCUUCUAAUGUGGGUUCAGCUAAUCGAAGUGGCUCCUCCUCCACGCCACCCACCUCCCUCAAUCUUCGCUCAUCGUACAACCAGCUGCUUGGGCGUGAUGUCAUUAAGGAGACCAUGGAGACAGGAAGCUCAGCCACUUUACCAAAGAGCCGUCAGAGGCACGGCAUGACCAGUGUGCACUUUGACAACCUGUCCACCAAAAACCAACCUUCGACCAGAGGGAGAGGUCUUCCCACCAAGUCCUCCUCCAGUUCAGCGCUCUACUCCUCCUCUUCCUCCUCAUGCCUCUUCAAUGGUACCAACCCUAAACUUGCUAAGAAUGGAGCCAACAUGCAGAGACGAGCUGAGAGUCAGCAGUUGGAACUCAGCAGAGCAGCGACUGAGGGCAAAAUACACAACGAUCUCAUCAGAAACCCAACUUCUGAUUGGCUGGAGUUUGAGAAAGACAAUUCACAGCAGGCACCAUUCCGCAGGAGGACCAAGAGCUUCUUGGACUACCACAGGAAAGGCUGGGACCUUGACUUCAACUGGGGAAAUAAGGAGGAGAAGGAGGAGAAGAAGCAGUCUUCUCCAGAGAAGGAGCAAGCAAGUCCUGCCAAAGAGAGGGAGGGCCAAAAGGAGGAAAAACCAAUCAGCAAACAGAUCAGUCAGGAAGAGAAGGAGGAGGUGGCACCAGUAGUGGAGGAGGAGGAAGAAGAUGAGGAUGAACCGACACCUACCCUGAGACAACCCCUGCUCCCUGUGGUAAUGGAAGCCCCACUUUCUUCCACCUCGUCCUCCUCCAACAGUCCAGAGUGGGUACCAGACAACCACAACCACCUCCAGAACCAGGCCUCAGCCCAGGUCAAAGAGGAGCUCUGCGUCCAACUCCAGGCUAGUCCUCGCAGUCCUGCAAAACCCCCCCGUAGCUCACAGCCACGUGUCAUUAAAGUGGAGCUACACCCUAACAAUGAGAACCAGUUCUUACAACAGUACCCGCCUUCCCCAAAACUGACCCGAGCUGCCGAACGCAGCACUCCGACCAGGAGCCGAGUACCAUCCUCUCUGCCAGAGCCAGAAUCAGAGACCGGGCUCCCACGAGUGGGUUUGAAAAUGGACCUGACUCCUGAUACUCCAUCAGAGGACGAAGACUCUAGCUGGACCACGCUGUCCCAGGAAACACCAUCUCCGCAGACCCCAAAGGAAGCAGCAGAUGUUUGGAGUGAAGGCGAUCUGCCACCAGGUUGGAGGGAGAUCUCGGACUCAUCAGAGGUCUAUUUCUGGCAUGUCCCCACCGGCACAACGCAGUACCACCGACCUGUUGCCGCAGGCAACCACCAGCUUCACAACAGCCCUCCUGACAAUGAGCCUGACACUGAGCCUGACCCACAACAGGAAACACAACAGGCCCUGAAGCCACCUGCCGAGCGUCCCAUCAGUCUGAUGUCUGACAGCUCGGUGGAGCCUGUUCCCUCACCGUCUGGCUCCUGUCCCUCUUCCUCCUCCACCCCCUCAAAUGAUGUCACCUAUUCUGGACCAAAUCUCAACAACACCACCACCACCACCACCACCUGCACAGCCAACGAUCUGAAAGACUAUCCAGUUUACCCAGAUCCCAGUCUGAAGGCGUUUGAAGGAGCCACCCUGCGCUAUGCUUCGCUAAAACUGAACCCGCCAGCCCAGUUAGAGACAGUUGACCUGAACAACACUUUCUCCAGCUCAGAGGAAAUGUCUUUUCCAGUACGAUCUCUGGGCUGGGUGGAGAUGGCAGAGCAGGACCUGUGCGAGGGCAGAAGCAGCGUGGCAGUUCAUCACUGCAUCAGACAGCUGUCCUACUGCAGGAGGGACAUACGAGACUCGGCCGGGGUCUGGGGAGAGGGCAGAGGGAUGCUGCUGGUUCUCCAAGACCGCAUGUUGACUCUCGUCGACCCUGAUGAUCACAGCCUGCUGCACUCACAGCCAAUCAGCAGCAUCCGUGUGUGGGGCGUCGGCCGAGACCACGACAGAGAAAGGGACUUUGCUUACGUGGCCAGGGACAAAAACACACGGGUCCUGAAGUGUCACGUGUUCAGAUGUGAUACUCCCGCUGCAGCAAUCGCCACGAGUCUCCACGAAAUCUGCUCCAAGAUUAUGGCUGAAAGGAAAAGUGCCAAGGCUGCAGCUGGCAGCUCCGCCCAGACCAGCUCUGAUUUACCCCUCCAAGAAUUUCCCAUGCCAAAGACGGAGCUGGUGCAGAAGUUUCAUGUUAUGUAUCUGGGAAUGACUUCCGUGUCUCGACCUAUAGGUAUGGACGUUAUAAACGGGGCCAUCGACAGCCUGGUGACCUCCACAGGCAAAGACGACUGGACUCCUGUCAUCCUGAGUAUUGCUGAUACUACUGUGGCUGUGAUCAAAGAAAAGGAAGAGGAUGAAGAGGCACUGGUGGAAUGCCGGGUCCGAUUCUUGUCCUUCAUGGGCAUUGGACGGGAUGUUCACACGUUUGCCUUCAUCAUGGACACUGGGAAUCAGCACUUCCAGUGCCAUGCGUUUUGGUGUGACCCGAAUGCAGGCUGUGUGUCUGAGGCUGUGCAGGCAGCAUGUGUGCUGCGGUAUCAAAAGUGUCUGGUGGCACGGCCACCCUCCCAGCGUGCUGGCUCCUCCUCCUCCCCUUCAGCAGACUCUGUGACCCGGCGGGUGACUACCAGCGUGAAGCGUGGCGUCCAGUCUCUCAUAGACACUUUGAAAACCAAGAAACAGCCAUCGGAGCUGCCCUAGCACCGACCACUGUAGCACUCAGCCUGGAUGUCACUCACUCUGCCACCACAACAACAACACCACCUGAUAUCAGUACCAGCCAUGAAGAGCAGUGAUGUACAUACAUGUAAACGAACGCCAUGGUGGAUGAUGAGAAAAAAACGGAAGACCUCGAGAACUUCAUCUGAAAAAAUUUGGAAAAAAGGACUUAAUUAUAUAUGCCUGUAUCAUGAGGAAGGAUGGAAAACCUGCAGUGUGUUUGCUGCUGUAACUGGUUGAACUUUGACCCUUGAACACUGCUGUGUCCAGGUGGGAAACACCUGUCGGGUUAUGUGAUCAAGUUCUCUAAAGAGAGGAUCAUCCAGAAAAAAAAAAUCGAUUGGUUUGUGUGAUGGCUCAAUCCCUCCUCUGCCCCUCACCAUCCCCCAACUCCCCCACUCUCCCUCUGUAAAACACAAUCAUCAGCAGGAUAAGAGCUCCUGGACCAGAACACCGAGAUGCUCACCUCCAGGAGCCUUACAGAAGAAGAACAAGUGUCUGAUGGUAAAUGAGAGAAAAAAAACACAAGCGAUAGACAAGAGCUGUCCAUCAAAUGACAUGAGAUGUUUUGAUCCUAAAGAUGUGUGAGAAAAAAAAUAAUAACUCUUGAGAUUUUCACCUGACGUGACUGUGAAUGACGAUGUAGAACGAGAGAGAGAGAAUUCAGGGCACAAGUGUUGUAGAUAUGAAGCCGAGGUGAGAGAAGACAGAUGUGGGUUUUAAAUGUGCAUGUUUUCUUAACGGAAGCUGUUUAUUUUUCAUGUUAAUGAGCUAGCAGACGUCGAGGUGCGGUCAUUAAGACAGAAGAAGCGAACGUUCAUAGCACAACUCAUUACGUUUAUUUGAUUUUGAAAAAAAACAUUUUAAUUCAUAUCUAAAAAAGUAAUACUUUGCUCGCCAUUUUGUCUAAGUGGUAAAUAACGAUCCCUGAUUAAUUUAAUUAUUGAAUGGUUGCAACAGUGAAAGAAUAUAUAACAGUUUUGAAAGUAUUUUCAACCUUCAAAUUAGUCACAACUGUUGAUUUUGAUUUGCAUCAAUAAGUAAGAAAACUAUACGAGAGCAAAAGAUCAAGAAUGUCAUGUUGUUUUUGUCUGUAUGAUCUCCUCAGGAAACUUUUUGCAUUUACAGGAUGUAUACUGUAUGUAGUAGCAAGACAGUAAAGCUCCAGGGUUUGGCCUUAGCAGAUGUGACGAGCUCCUGACAGUAAGAUGAAUGUUGGCCCUGCUCAGAAAGCACAGGUGAGAUGACUAAAAAAAAAAAGAGUUAACCGCCGCUCUUCUCACUCGGUAGAUCGGCCUCCAUUCACAGACAAAUAUACUCCCACAAAUGUGCACAUACAGCAGGUGGAAUAUAAAUGUCUGCUGUCACCACCGUGGAAAACUUCACAACCUUCUGCUCCUAUAGCUCGGAGCCAUCGUCUGCACUCCACGUGAACUCGAAUGAGAAUGCAGUCGAUACAGAACAAAAUUCACAUUUACACUACAAACCCAGAGACCCUGUCGCCCGUGUCACUUCUGUUCUUCACUCAUCUCUACACCAUGUAAAUGUAAUCUGUUGUGACAAUAAAUGCAUAAAUAAAAAGG